AUGCCUUACCACUGCGGCUUAUGCGACGACUCGUUUAAUUCCAAAGCCGACUUGAAACGCCACAUUGCUCAUCACCCCGACAUCCUACCCCCAGUCAUGUACUGCCCGGUGUGCAAAUGGCCGUUCGAUGACCAGCUCGCGCUCGAGGCGCAUCAGCGGAGCUCCGAACAUCCUAGUCCAUUGAGUGAUAUCGGCACCGCUGUGGCCAUCACUUGUGAUAGGUGCUCGAACGACUUCACUUCCCAGAAAGAAUACAUGAUUCACCGCAGUUGGCCCAGUGGGACAUGUGCUGACUUCAUAAAUAACAAGACCACCCCCACGAAGCCCUCUCCGCCGCCAGUGUACGUUGAACACGACAAACCGACACUACAGCCGGUCCAGGACGCAGCACUUGGACGCGAAGAUGUUGCCACGCUUGCCUCGGAGGCCGCGAACAUGAGCGAUGAUGGAACCAAAUGUGACAUUUGCCACAAGUCAUUCAGGUCUUUGGGAAAGUUCAAUAAUCACUUUCUUGCAUGUCAGUCUGCUAGUGGGUCUAUCACCACCUCCCUGGCAAUAACCACAGAAUCCUCUGAAACAAUCGCGACCGCCAUGUCAUGUCCACUAUAUCAAACCCAAGAAGUCCAGGUAUCUGCUCCAAUAGCUAGAGAUACUGUUGGCAGUAAUCUAAUACUCAUACAGAAUGGCAUUAUCAAGACCAAGCCGAUGGUCCAACACCGUAUGCCUGUCAUUCACAUAGGGUCCGAAGCGGUGAGCCAAGCUCGGAACUCCAUGUUUCGCCCUGGCACUGCCACCCAAAGUGAGAAGCCAUUCUCUUGCCAGAAGCGUGGCUGUGCAAAGUCCUUCAAAUCGGAACUGGCUUUGAAAGCCCACGACGGCGACGUACACGGCAUAGCAAGCCAAAAUCUUGAUCUUCAUAGCCGCGAUUCAUGGACGCUGGGGAAUCGAGAGCGAGAGCAAGACCGAUUGCGAGCCGAGGCACUUUUGAGAGUAUCUCCAGGGACUAUUCGUGGUCGAGGAAGUCGUCGACCUCUUCACGCCAGACGUUGUGUUGCCACAGGACCUGGAGUGGCGACCACAGCACUGGCCCAAGUGCAUCAGGUUCACGUCCAUCCUAGGCCGCCUCCUCCUGGCCCCGCUAUGCCGAUUUGUACAAACGCCGGCGGACCGGCUGAGAUGGAGCAGGCUAAAUUGAUCCAAGGCAAGAUUCUGCGUCUCCUGAUCCAAUCCGACAUCUACAUUACAAACUAUGGCAAAUUGAGAGCGUGCGGUAUUGAUUGGAUACGCGUUAGAAUGUACGUACAAUCUGAGGUCGUCGGUACAAUCGAGAGCAUGGUUCAUCUGCCAAAAUCUCUUCAAGACGAAUAUGCGCCCUUCCCCAAAGCCUUCAGCGAGGAGUACCAGUACGCAUAUCAUUCUGAAGAUUUUCAGAAGUCACCCGCCCGCGACAGUAUGAAGCCUGGUCUCGGUGCUGUCGCCCUAGCCUGUAGCAAAGUCAUUCUCGCAGAUGGCGCCCAGGAGGUCGUCAAGGUCGCUGCUGUGGAUGUCGUCAGCGGUCGCAUCCUGAUGAAUCAUCUAGUAUGCACUUCACCAAAUGCAGCUGUCGCAGACUGGCACUCCGCAUCUACUGGCCUUUUCGCCUGGCGUGACAUGGAACGGGCGCGCUCCUACGGUUAUAAGGUUUUCAGAGGCUGGUCUGCUGUUCGCUCAGCUCUCCACCAAUUCAUCGACAAAGAUACAAUCCUCGUGGGGCACCGUCUACGUUCCGAUCUCGACGCGCUGCGCAUGAUUCACGGCCAAGCCAUUGAUGUCGCCAAGGUCUACGAGAAGGCAGCCAACGGGCCACUGAACAAGAUGCAGUUGGGCCUAGACAGUAUGUGCAAGCAGCUCUUUGAUACAGAGCUCAAGGAUGAUCCGGAAUAUGGCCGGGAUGUAUUGAUGAAUGCGUUUGCGGCUAGAGAUAUUGUGCUGUGGGCAAGCAAGAACGAAGAGACGCUAAGGAAGAAGGCCAGACAAACGAGCUUGGAUUUGCAGAGAGCUGGUUUGAGCGGUUGA